GCUUCUGGGCCGAUCGAACACCAGUUCAUGAAGCAGCCAGGCGGGGAGAAAUCCUGCAGCUGCAGCAGCUGAUAGAGAGCGGAGCCUGCGUCAACGCGGUCACCUAUGACUCUAUCACCCCGUUGCACGAGGCGAGCCUGCGAGGGCAAACGCAGUGUGUCAAGCUCCUGCUGGCUGCAGGGGCCCAGGUGGAUGCCAGGAAUAUCGACGGCAGCACUCCGCUCUGCGAUGCCUGUGCCUCGGGUAGCAUAGAGUGUGUGAAAGUGCUGCUGUCCCACGGAGCCAAGGUGAACCCUCCCCUUUACACAGCGUCUCCUCUCCACGAAGCCUGCAUGAAUGGUAGCUCAGAGUGCGUGCAACUCCUCAUUGAGGUCGGUGCAAACUUGGAGGCUCACGACUGCCAUUUCGGGACGCCCCUACACGUGGCCUGUGCCAGGGAGCAUCUGGACUGCGCAAAGUUGCUGCUCAAGGCAGGGGCAAAUGUGAAUGCUGCUAAACUUCACGAGACAGCCCUCCAUCACGCAGCAAAAGUGAAAAACGUAGAUCUGGUGGAGAUGCUGAUUGAAUUUGGAGGAAACAUUUAUGCAAGGGACAACCGAGGAAAGAAGCCAUCGGAUUACACCUGGAGCAGUAGUCCCACAGCAAAGUGCUUUGAGUACUAUGAAAAAACGCCUCUGAGUUUGUCGCAGCUUUGCAGAGUUACAGUGAGGAAAGCUGCCGGGCAGCGAGCACUGGAGAAGAUUUCCAAGCUAAAUAUUCCUCCGCGAUUAAUCCAGUACCUGUCCUACAACUGACAGGGGCGAAGGUGGCCGGGAAGGACGAUAUCUUUAGUU